AAUCUCAAUACCUUCAAACACAAACUUCUCUUUUCUCAAAAGCAUUUGGUCUUAUAAUGGCUUUUCGUGCUAAUAUUACUACCUUUGUGUUCUUAUGCAUUCUCGUGGCAUCGACCGUUUCCGGGUACAACCGGAAAGACGUGGAAAAGUGGUGCAGCCAAACUCCAAACCCUAAACCUUGCGAGUAUUUCUUAACCCAUAACUCAGAUAAUAAACCCAUCAAGUCUGAAUCCGAGUUCCUCAAAAUCUCAAUGAAACUCGCGUUAGACCGAGCCGUCCUCGCGAAAACCCACGCGUCCACACUUGGACCAAAGUGCCGCGACACACGUGAAAAAGCAGCUUGGGAAGAUUGUAUCAAACUCUACGACUUUACCGUCUCUAACAUCAACGGGACAAUGGACCCAAACGUGAAGUGUUCGAAAACCGACGCACAAACAUGGCUAAGCACGGCUCUAACCAAUCUUGACACGUGUCGAAACGGGUUCCUAGAGCUAGGUGUUACUGACAUGGUCCUUCCUUUGAUGUCAAACAAUGUCUCAAAUCUCAUAUGCAAUACACUCGCCAUUAAUAAAGUUCCUUUCAACUACACCGCACCGGAGAAAGAUGGGUUCCCUUCGUGGGUCAAACCUGGUGACCGUAAACUCUUGCAAACCUCGGCGCCAAAAGACAACGCGGUGGUGGCAAAAGACGGGUCAGGUAAUUUCAAGACAAUUAAAGACGCGAUUAACGCUGCUUCAGGGAGUGGUAGGUUCGUGAUCUAUGUGAAGCAAGGCGUUUACAGUGAGAAUCUUGAAAUUCGAAAAAAGAAUGUUAUGUUGAGAGGUGAUGGUAAAGGGAAGACGAUUAUUACCGGAAGCCGAAGUGUUGGAGGAGGAACGACAACGUUUAAUUCUGCUACUGUCGCUGCUGUCGGAGACGCUUUUAUAGCGCGUGGGAUCACGUUCCGAAACACGGCUGGUGCAAACAACGCACAAGCGGUAGCUCUACGAUCCGGGUCGGAUCUAUCCGUUUUUUACCAAUGCAGUUUCGAAGGUUACCAAGACACUCUCUACGUCCACUCCAACCGUCAGUUUUACCGCGACUGUGACAUUUAUGGAACUGUAGAUUUCAUAUUCGGAAACGCAGCCGCGGUUCUCCAGAACUGCAACAUCUUUGCUCGUCGUCCACGUAGUAAGACCAACACCAUCACCGCUCAAGGAAGAUCCGACCCGAAUCAAAACACGGGUAUCAUUAUCCACAACUCCCGGGUCACAGCAGCUUCUGAUCUUCGACCCGUUUUGGGAUCCACCAAGACUUAUUUAGGUCGGCCUUGGAGACAAUACUCUAGGACGGUCUUUAUGAAGACCUCUCUCGAUAGUUUGAUUGAUCCACGUGGCUGGCUCGAGUGGAAUGGUAACUUCGCUUUGAAGACUUUGUUUUACGCUGAGUUUCAGAAUACGGGUCCGGGUGCUUCAACUUCGAGUCGGGUCACAUGGCCUGGGUUCCGGGUCCUUGGUUCUGCUUCAGAGGCUUCAAAGUUUACUGUUGGUACAUUCCUCGCCGGUGGCUCUUGGAUUCCGUCCAGCGUACCGUUUACCUCUGGUCUUUAAGUAGUUAAUAUACCAUUGAUAUGAUUAUAUAUGCUGCAAAGCUGUAUAUACGACGUAACUGAUUCGUCUAUUAUAAAAGAAUAAAUAUUGUUUGUUACGAUAUAAAAAGUCUUUUUAGUUCUAUGAUUCUAUCAUGUAUGUAAUUUCAUUAUUCUUAAAUAUAAUGUGUUUUGUCUUUCUGAAAAA